AUGAAGCUUCUAUCAAGAAAGGCAAUGUGCAAUACUCAUGGGCAAGAUUCAUCUUAUUUCCUAGGUUGGCAAGAGUAUGAGAAGAACCCUUACGACGAAAUUCGCAAUCCCACCGGCAUUAUACAAAUGGGUCUCGCCGAAAAUCAGCUCUCUUUGGACCUUUUAGAGUCGUGGUUAGCGGAGAAUCCAGAUGCAGCCGGUUUUAAAAAAGGUGGCGAGUCUAUUUUUCGAGAUCUUGCUUUGUUUCAAGAUUACCAUGGUCUUCCUUCUUUCAAGAAGGCUAUGGUGGAUUUCAUGGGGGAAAUAAGAGGGAACAAAGUUAAGUUUGAUGCUAACAAGCUUGUGUUAACCGCUGGUGCAACUUCGGCUAACGAGACACUUAUGUUUUGCCUUGCCGAACCGGGAGAAGCGUUUCUACUUCCAACUCCUUACUAUCCAGGAUUCGAUAGAGAUCUCAAAUGGCGGACUGGAGUUGAGAUUGUCCCGAUCCAUUGUACAAGCUCCAACGGAUUCCAAAUCACGAAACCCGCACUCGAGGAAGCUUACAAGACCGCCCAAACCAAAAACCUUAGAGUCAAAGGAAUCCUAGUCACCAAUCCCUCCAAUCCUUUGGGAACUACUACCACUCGACAAGAACUCAACUUACUCGUCGAUUUCAUCGUGAAAAACCGUCUCCAUUUGAUAAGCGAUGAAAUCUACUCGGGCACGGUUUUCGAUUCCCCGGAAUUCACAAGCAUUAUGGAAAUCAUGGAAGAAAGAAAACUGCGUGAAACCGAAGCUUGGGAAAGAGUUCACAUAGUGUAUUCUCUCUCGAAGGACUUAGGCCUCCCCGGUUUUCGAGUAGGAGCUAUCUAUUCGAACGACGAAGCCGUCGUGGGCGCCGCCACCAAGAUGUCGAGCUUCGGCCUCGUCUCGUCCCAAACGCAACAUCUCCUCGGCGAGAUGUUGUCCGACAAGAAGUUCACCAAAAAAUACGUUUCGGAAAACCAAAAACGUUUAAGGAAUCGUCGAGAACAACUCGUAUCCGGUUUAAAGAACGCGGGUAUUGCGUGCCUUAGUGGAAAUGCGGGCCUUUUUAGCUGGGUUGACAUGAGCCACCUUUUGAAGACCAAGACAUUUGAGGCCGAGAUGGAAUUAUGGAAAAAGAUUGUUUACGAGGUUGGUUUGAACAUCUCCCCCGGUUCAUCGUGCCAUUGCACCGAACCGGGUUGGUUUCGUGUUUGUUUUGCCAACAUGUCGGAAGGAACCCUAGACCUAGCAAUGCAACGGCUCAAGGAAUUUGUUAUCUCUUUAACUAAUUCCUCUAAAGUGGAUGUUGCUAGUGAUACUAAGACCGGUUCGAGAAGGAAGUCAUUUACUAAAUGGGUUUUUCGGCUAUCGUUCGAUGGGCGCGAGCACCGCGAACGAUAG